AAUUUGUUUUGCUACAAGUAUUCUUAUUCAUUUACAUAUAACAAAUUAUAUCGACAAAAUGAACAAAAACGAUAUAAAACCAUUAAAUUUUAGAGAAAUUAUUUUAAAUACCAGACUGCCGGUUGUCUUUAAACAAUUUCCUCUUAAUUGGGCUUGUUUCCAAGAUGGCCUAGAGGAAUGGUGUAAAACAUUUGAUGCGCUAAAAUCUUGUGCAGCAAAUUUUGAGCGAAUAACAAAAAAUGUUGCUGAUGAACCGCAAUGGGAACGUAAACGACAAACAAUACAAAUGACUGCCGGACAGUUUUUAAAGGAACAUAGCAAAGAUUGUGAUUAUUGGUCCGGUUUGAAUUAUAAACGUCGACAUGAACUACCAGCUAAAUGUACGAGUGGUAUAGAUUUUUCCGCCUUUGGAUUUCCACAGGCGGCUGAUGACAGCACUUUGUGGUUAAGUUCAAAAGGUGCCAAUACUCCUUGUCAUUAUGAUAGUUAUGGCUGUAAUAUAGUGGUGCAAAUUUUCGGAAGAAAAUCCUGGUUAUUAUUCCCACCCAAUACAAAGCUUACCACUACUCGCAUACCUUAUGAAGAGUCCAGCAUUUAUUGUAAAGAAAAUUUCUAUUGUCCUCCGUUGCUAAAUGUGAAGGAGUACGUGGAAAAAUAUAAAAAUCUAGCACACCAUAUUAUACUAGAACCAAAUGAUGUCUUAAUUGUACCCAAACAUUGGUGGCAUUAUGUAGAAGCUUUAGAUAUAUCGCUAAGCGUUAAUGCAUGGAUUCCCUUGGAAUGUGAUUUGGAACAACAAAUUGAGGAAUGUAUUGUAAAAUAUUUAAUUGAAAACUUUAUAAAAGAUUAUGCAGACGAAACCAAGAAAUAUAUUAUGAAUCCAAAUCAGCUUUUAAACUUUAACACAAAAGAAGAAUUAUUUGAAAUUUUAAAAUAUCUCUUAGAGAAAUCUUUGGAAAAUUAUCCAGCUAAGAAAAACGGUGAAACUGUUUAUGAUUAUUAUUAUUUAAAAGAAGAUAAUGUGGAAAAAUUAUUACAAAACUUUAAAAAUAUUAAAAAAGUUACACCUAUGUCAGCAACAGAAUUUGAAAAUUUAUUAAAAACAAAUACAUUACGUUAUACGGCUAAUGCUGAAAGUAAUAGUAAAGAAAAUAGUUUAGAUUUUGUAGAAGAAAUUUUAAUUGAUAGUAUUUGUGCUCCGCAAAUAGUAGAAGCAAUUAAGAAAGAAUUUUUCAAACGCUAUAAGCAAUAAAAAUAAAUUGUUACCAUUUUUUUUUCUAAAUGUUUAUU